CUUCAUGAGUAAGACUACGUAUGCAUCGUACAGAUAAUUGUAGAGGAGAGAAAUUAUUUGAGAAUGGACAGGAAAGAGACAAGUAACCCAUUCGAUACAGCUGGUGUUUUCUCUCGAAUAUUUUUCUGCUGGGUUUUUCCUAUAAUAAACAAAGGAAGAAAGCAAAUUUUGAAAGAAGAAGAUUUACACGAAGCCUCGCAAUAUCACACCUCACAGUAUCUUGGGGAUCUACUUCAAAAAGAAUGGAAAAAGGAAUUGCAGAAGAAAAAUCCGAACAUACUGAAAGCUGUCUUACGUUUUGUUGGUUGGAAGUACUUGAUUUUAAUACUACUUGUACUAAUUCAGGAAACAGCUGUAAUUACAGGUCAAGCAUAUUUUGUAGGAUCAACAGUACGUUAUUUUGAAAACAGACAGGAAUGGAAUCACUACAACGUUUAUCUUACAAUUGCAGGAUUCUUUGCUGUUACUGUGAUUUAUUUGUUUAUUCAUACUACUAAUCUGUUUAUGACAGAAUAUUAUUCAAUGAAACUGAAGAUAGCUUUCUGCACUUUAAUUUAUAGAAAGUUCUAA